GGAGGUGUCGGGGAGGAACUGGGGCAGCCCCGAGUCACGUGGUGCCGGCGGGAGGGGGGCUUCCGGCUCCGGCCGCGACGCGGGGAGGUGCUUCCGGCCGGGCCUGUCUGUGCGGGAUCCAGGCGGUGGCCCCCGGGUGGAGAUGGAAGCGAAUGCCAGUGACGAGGGCAUCCAUUUCCAGAGCUACCCUUUUGACUUCUUGGAGUUCCUGAACCACCAGCGCUUCGAGCCCAUGGACGCCUAUAACCACGAGCACGCCAAAGCUGUGGCUGCCCUCCCAUGCCCCCAGCCCCAGUAUGACUACGCCCAGCCGUCCAACAACCCUGCCGCCCCCCCUUUCGACCGUGCCGGCACCUCCAAAACCAAGGAUUUCAAGGCUGAGGGGCAGCCCCCACCGUCGUCUUCCGCCACCGCCACCUCUGGUGCAGCACAGCCCAAGAAGGUCGAGCCAGGCACUGCAGUGCCCCCGCCAACACCACAGUACGCUACCCAGGCUGUGCCAACAGCUCAGCCACUCUUUGACGGUGCAGGCGCGUUCAGCGCCCCACAGUGGGGCAUCGUGGACCUGUCGGGCCACCAGCACCUGUUUGGCAGUCUGAAGCGGGGUGUGGCAGGCAUGGCAGGCAUGGGUGUAGCCGCAGGGACAGCAUCAGCCCCACCAGAUGGGCAGGCUGGCAAGGAUGACAAGAACUAUUUCCGGCGGCUCAAGUAUUUCAUUGACCGGCGCUUUCCAUGCGGUGUGUGCCAGAAGUCAUUCAAGCAAUCGUCCCACCUGGUCCAGCACAUGCUGGUGCACACUGGGGAGCGCCCCUAUGAGUGCUCCACCUGUGGCCGCACCUACAACCACAUUUCCAGCCUCAUCCGCCAUCGACGGUGCCACAAAGAGUCUGCUGAGCCCAGUGCAGGGCCAGCAGCUGCAGCCACAGUCACGGCCACUGCUACAGCUGCCCCCACUGCCGCUCCACCACCUGAGGGCACCGCAGAGCCAGCUGGGGAAGGGGCCCCUGGUGCUAGGGCAAGUGGAGGGGCAAAUGCUGGGGCAGGCCAGCCAGAUGGCCCCUUCACUUGCUCCCUGUGCUGGAAGGUGUUUAAGAAGCCAAGCCACCUCCACCAGCACCAGAUCAUCCACACAGGGGAGAAGCCAUUCAGCUGCUCAGUGUGUGAGAAGAGUUUUAAUCGGCGUGAGAGCCUAAAGCGCCAUAUCAAGACACAUUCAGACCUGCUUCGGGUGCCAUGUGGUGUCUGCGGCAAAGAGUUCCGGGACGCCUCUUAUCUUCUUAAGCACCAGGCCACCCAUACAGGCCAGCGCCCUGACUACAAGUGUGACAUCUGUGGCAAGGCCUAUGCUGCACCACAGAGCCUGCUCCGUCACCGUCAGGUUCACGAAGGUGUUCCUGUGCCCAAGGAUGCUGGUGCCCCUGCCCCCGCAACAGCCUACCAGGGCCCCUACCUCCUGCCAGAGGCCCCACAGGCUGAGGGUGACGUCAAGGCAGUGCCGACCUAUGGCAGCACGGCACUGCUGGGGGCCCACCCACUGCUCCUGGGAGCGGGCAAGAGCUUCUGCUGCGGGAUCUGCGGCCGUGGGUUUGGGCGGCGUGAGACCCUGAAGCGCCAUGAGCGCAUCCACACGGGCGAGAAGCCACACCAGUGCUCAGUGUGUGGGAAGCGGUUCCGUGAGUCCUUCCACCUCACGAAGCACCAUGUGGUGCAUACGCGGGAAAGGCCCUACAAGUGCGACAUGUGCGGUAAGGUGUUUGGCUACCCACAGAGCCUGACGCGCCACAAACAGAUCCAUCGGCUCCAGCUGCCCUGUGCCCUGCCACCUGGCGGCCUACCCCCUGAGGGGCUUAGUUAUGGCUGCUCAGACUGUGGGGAGCGCUUCCCCGACCUCUUUCACGUCAUGAACCACAAGGAAGUCCACAUGGCCGAGAAACCAUAUGCCUGCGAUGCUUGCGGCAAAUGCUUUGGCUUCAUUGAGAACCUCAUGUGGCAUAAGCUAGUCCACCAGACAGCACCUGAGCGGCUGCUGCCUGAGGGCACCUGUGCUGAGCCUACCCCGCAUGCUGCCCCAUCCAUUGGCUGCCUAGAGAACGGGCUCCCUGGGGAUGUGCCCGCUGCCAGCUUGGCCUCCGUGGUGGCGACUUUCGAGGAGCACCCCAUGAUCCCCAGUGGGGAACGCUUCAGCUGCAGCAUUUGCGGCCAAAGCUUCAAGCACUUCCUGGGGCUGGUGACACACAAGUAUGUGCACCUGGUGCGGCGCACGCUGGCGUGCAAUGUAUGUGGGCAGAGCUUUGCUGGGGCAUAUGACCUGCUGCUGCACCGCCGCACCCACCUACAGAAGCGCCACUUCACCUGCUCGGUGUGUGGGAAGCGGUUCUGGGAGGCCGCCUUGCUCAUGCGGCACCAGCGCUGCCACACUGAGGAACGCCCAUACCGUUGCACUGUGUGUGGACGUGGCUUCCUGCGCUCCUGGUACCUGCGCCAGCAUAAGGUGGUGCACACGGGUGAGCGGGCCUACAAGUGCGCCCUGUGCAACAAGCGCUUUGCCCAGUCCUCUAGCCUCUCGGAACACCAGCGCCUCCAUGUGGUGGCACGUCCCCAACGUUGCCAGACGUGCGGCAAGACUUUCCGCUACCGUUCCAACCUGCUGGAGCAUCAACGUGUGCACCUGGGUGAGAAGGUUUACCGCUGUGACCUGUGCAGCAAGAGCUUCUUCUACCUGUCGUCCAUCCUGCGACACCAGCGCUCCCAUGAUGCCCGCCGUGACCUGCGCUGCUCUGCCUGUCUCAAGCUCUUCAAGGACCCCAAGUACUUCAGCAAACACCUGCAAACCCACCAGGGGGGGAGGCCCUUCAAGUGCAGCACCUGUGGGGAGGCCUUUGGCAAUACCUAUGGCCUUAAGAAGCACCGGCACAUCCACAAGCUGGAACGCCUGGCAGCCCUGGGCCAGAAGGACCCCUGAGGAAGGGUGGCUGCCUGUGGCUGACAGAGGGAGGCAGGGUGGGGCUGGGCACUCCCUUGGAGUGCUGUGGUUGCCGUAAGGGCACAUGCUGGGUUGGGGGUGGAAUGCCCUAGGGUGGCACCUUGUUUCCAUUUGUAUCUGUCGCCUACCAGUGUCCAGGCUUCUGCCUUCUGCCCAUGCUGACUCUGUAGAUGCCUCAUGGCCCAUGAGCAUAACCUGUCCCAGCACAUAGGUGGUUUGCUGGAGGGGCAGAUGUUGCCAGGCCUGUAGUGGCUGAGCCAGUGGGAUACUCUUGGCUUUGCCCAGUCCCCCUUGGUUGCCCAUUUCACUCCCCCAGAGGAUGGAGUCAAGCUGGCAGAACUAUUUGAAAGAUGUGCCCCACCUGGGGAAGACUGACCCUGCCCAGGGAAUGGAGGCUGGCAGCAAGACCGCAAACACCAUGGCGGGCUGAGACUGACCAUAUGACCAAAGAGAGCUCAGUCGUGGCUCUGGGCAGGUGAGCGUGUAUCCCCCAGUACCCACCUACCUUCCGCAUGCAUUGUUUGAACAGCUCUGGUGCCUUGUGUCUGCCCAGGUCAUCUUCCUUGUCAUCUCCUGGGCAUGCGCUGUGGCCGGGGGUAAAAUCUGAAGGCACCACUCCGUCAUCCUGCAGGCCCCUGAUACUUCUUCCUGCUCUUGCUACCAUGGAGGCUAUCCAUGGGCACAUCUUGGACCUAGAGGAGCUGGAGAUCUUGGCCAGGACGAGAUCGGACCCUAACUCUAACCCUCCUCCUGAGGGUGUUGCCCACUCAGCCUCUGCUGGCACCAAGCAGUCUCCACAAGGACCUCACUCCUGCCCAGAUCCAGGACUCCCAUUGUGCUUGCAUGGCGCCUCCUGCUGGCUGUACGGGUAUGUGCUCACUGCAGCAUUCACCUGGGCUCAUACCCGGGGCUGGUCCCCAACCCCCUCUGCCCCUCCUGUCCCUAGUGCUUUGCCCACUCCAGCAGGGUCCUUAUUUGACCUCAGCUGGCUCUGCCCACAGGAAAUGAAAAAUGUCAGGUGCUGCCCUAACUUGCUCGCUCCAGAGCAUGCUGCCCUCCGGGGCCUUCCCAUGAUUCCUGCCCCCCAAGUGAGCCCCAAGGGAUGGACACCUACUCCCAGAAUCCUCUGGGGAAGAUUACUAGAGUGGCCCUAGGGUUGGACUAGAUGAUCUCUUCAGGUCCCUUCCAGCCUUACUUCUCUAUGAUAAUGAAGUUAGUGAAAAAUGUAGUGCUCUAUGACCCCUGCAGUCUGCGCCUCCCAGGUCCCAUCAUGUGCAGAUGAGCACUGGAUCAACUGAAUUGUUUCACCUGUAUUCCUCCACUGACCUGUCUGGUACCAUCCAUAGAUCUGGCCAUCUGCUCCACUCCUCUGCCAUUGGGAUGGACCUCUUCCUAGCUCUACCCUGCCAUCUGUCCACCUAUCCAUCCCCACACACACCCCGUCCAUUUAUUUAUUCAUCCCCACAAACUCUGUCUAUCACCACACAUGUCUCUGGUGUUUUGUCUGUUCCCCUUCACAUCUCCCCAUCUGCUGCCUCCUCCUGUCUGCAUGUCCUUGGCACCCUAUGCCUCCUUUCUCCUACUCUCUUUAUACUAACCCUACCAGCCUUAGCCCUGGGGUUUCCCUGGGAAGAGACCAAAGAGAUGAAUGCUGCCAUGUUCCCUUCGUCCCAGUGAGCCUUUUUAGUGUCCCCAGCAUGAACUCAGCCUGGGAAGAAAGCCAUCCUAUUGUCCACCCACACUGUCCAGGCAGGGCAUACUUGCCUGGAGCUAAUUAGUCGAGUGUCAGGCUUGAGCCAGAGAGAAGCCAUUCAAGUUCUGUCGGCAGAGGGUGGCUGGGAGCCACAGGAGUCAUGGUUUCUAUCCUAGCUCUGGUAAGGAGGUGGUGAGUCAUGGUUAGAGCUGAGGGUCAGGAUGCCUGGGUUCUUUCUCCAGGUCUGCCACUGAGACCCUCUUUGACCUUGGGCAAGUCCUUUUCCCUCUCUGUGCCUCACUUUCCCCAGUGAGUCAGCGGGUGUCCUGUGCCAGACCUUUUGGGGAGUCUAUGAAUCCAACUAGGGCCUGUGCCAGCUGCUUUGUGCCAAGUCCCAGGAUCCUGCUCUCCCAGGGUGUGCCAAAGAGCACUUUCAGAUGGACACACUCCUGCCACCAGAGCCAGGGUGGCUCUCACUGGUGUUUUUUGGGAGGUCAUCGAUGCUAGGUCAUCAUGGGCACAAGGGUCACCCCUGCCCCUCCAGCCCUUCUUGCCAGGGUGACUGUCCUGAAUACCAGAACCUGUUCCAGAGCAGCAUGGGGUAUAUGGGAAACUGGCAUGCAGGGAGAACACCUAGAUUCUCUUUCAGCUCUAGGAAGGGUGUGGGCAUCAAUAGGUUACAGUAGGGGGCCUGGGUUCUGACUCCAAAUCAGUGGCAUUGGUUGGCUUAGGGAGGUGAAAGAUGGGUGAGGGGUCUUUCAUCUCCAGGGGAAUCAGCUCCGAUACAGACCCAGGGCAGGGGCCUGGCUGGCUUAGGUGGGAGGGGAGACACAGACCUUUCCUUUAAAAAUGUGGCAAACAGCAGCAUUCUGUUGUCUUGAUGGUGCUGGUGUGCACUGCCAGGUCCCGGGGGUCUCCAUGCCUCCUAGUCGCACCACUUUGCAGCACCCUCUGUCUCUGAGAAAGGAACUGUCAUUCCGGGACCAUGGGAAACUCGUUUCACCUUCCAGCUUGCCCUUCUGGUUUGGAGCAGAGGGAGGGGCAGCACCAUGGCCAAAGUCAGGAGACAGGACAUCUACAGUUCAGCCUUUUAACGGAGACUGUUUCCACUGACAGCUGGACUCUGGGGGGCCUGUGCGCCUGGACCCUGCCACCCCAAUUUAUUUUUUAACAGCACAGAUAUAUAUAUAUCUAUAUAUAUAGAUAUAUAUAUAUAUAUAUAAAAAUUAAAUAAAAGUAUAUAUAUAUAUAUAUAUAUAAAUAUAAUUUUUCUAACCCUCUGAGCGGCAAAGCUGGUGCCAAGACUGAUUCACACCAAAUGCUGCCACCAGAGCCAUUACUAAAAAGAAAAAGAUAAAUAGAUGCCCUGCAAAAAUAUGUCCUCUUCCCAGAAAACUGUGAUGAGACCGGUUGGAGCUCAUAGCACCAAUGGCUUUCUAGAGCACCAGUCCCAGUGGUGGCAGGGGAGAGGUUGGGGGCAGUGCGCGCGUGUGUUUGAAACUCGAACCCUGUCCAAUAAUGUUGACCUGUUCAUUUUCUGGUGAUGUACAGAUGAAGCCAAUAUUAAAAACUGUGGAUGCGUA